AGGCGACCGCGCCGGGGCGCCCGGAGCUCCGGGGCGUCUGCGGGGCGCUGGCCUUGAGGGUGGCGGCGGACGCGCGGGCGCAGGCCCGCGACGUGGCGGUCGCGUCCUGGUCCCUGGCGCGGCUUCGGACCGCUGACGAGGAGCCCGUGCAGGCCAUUGCGGCUGCCGUGGCCGCCUCCGUGGAGCAGUUCGAGGCGCAGGACGUCAGCAACGCCGCGUGGGCCUUCGCGCACCUCACCGCCCCUGGCUCCGUGGACAUCCUGGAGAGGCUCGCUGCCAGGGCCUCCCGCGAGGUGGAACGCUACGAGCCCCGUCACGCCGUGGGCGUUGCGUGGGCGCUGGCGACGGCCCGCGUGCGGCACGAGGAGUACUUUGGUGCUCUGUCGGAGGCGGCGAGGGGCGCGGCCAUGGCGCGCUGGGUCUCGCAGGACGUGUCGAACAUGCUGUGGGCCUUCGCCUCCAUCAGGUGCGCCGCCGCACCGCCCAUCGGGACGGCCGUGUCCCGCGCCCUGGACCUGGGGUGGGACGCCUUCCGGCCGCAGGAGCUGUCGAUCUGCAUGUGGGCAGCGAUGACACUUGGAAUCGCUGACCGGCGCCGUCCGGCGCAGGCGGGGGCGCAGCGCCUGCUGCAGCACGCGGCGCGGCACCUGCGCGGCGCAGGCGCAGGCGGCUUCGAGCCGAGGCACUGCGCCAAUGCUGCAUGGGCGCUGGCGCGGUGGCAGCGGCACUGCCGCCUGUCAGGGCUGCGGCAGGAGGUGAAGGCCGCGGCCUGCCGCCCCGCCCUGCGGGCCCUGGGCGCGGAGGCGGCGGGCAUGCUGAGCGGCUUCACCGCCCAGGAGCUGUCCAGGCUGCUUUGGGCGCUGGGCUCCCAGAGCUGCCUGAAGCUGCGGCAGCUGGGGCCCCGGUUGGCGGCAGACCUCGCGCGCCCUGGCCGCAUGGCGGAGUUCGGCUCUGAGGUGGGACCGCUCAUGGCCCAGGACGGCCCCGAGAGGGCCCGGCCGAGGGGCCUCGUGGAGGAGCCCAGGGCAGCGCAGGGUGGCUCCAAAAGCAGCGGCAUCGGCGGCCGACGGAGAGAGAACAUGCAGCUCGCGCGGGCGGUGCUGUGCCUUCCGGCCGUCGCCGUGGCGCAGAUGGCCGGCAUGACCAAGGAGGAGCAGGGGCCGCCCAUUGUGAUCGCGGAGUGCACCCUGCAGGGGGGCUGCGAGGCGCAGCAGAGGGCCCUGACUCUGGACGCCAACUGGCGCUGGGUGCACGGCCAGACCUGCCAGGGCACGGGCCCCGCCGCCCAGUGCUACAGCUCGGGCAACUGCUUCACCGACGGCGUGUGGGACUCCACCAUGUGCCCCGACCCGGAGUCCUGCGCCGAGAACUGCGCGCUGGAGGGCGUCACGCUGGACGACUACGACAGCACCUACGGCGUCGCGGCGAUCCCGGGAGGCGUCGAGCUAGGCUUCGUGCGCGGCCCGAACGUGGGGUCCCGCCUGUACGUCCUGGAGAAGCCAGACAAGUACAAGCUGUUCAAGCUCCUGAACAGGGAGUUCACCUUCGACGUGGAUGUCUCCACACUUCCCUGCGGACUGAACGGCGCGUUGUACUUCAGCGAGAUGGACGAGGACGGGGGGAUGAAGCACGCGGGCAACAAGGCUGGCGCCAAGUACGGGACAGGCUACUGUGACGCCCAGUGCCCCCAUGACGUGAAGUUCAUGGAGGGCAAGAGCAACACCCUCGAGUGGAACACGAGCGCAGCUCUCGGCAAGUACGGGCUGUGCUGCGCGGAAGUUGACAUCUGGGAGGCGAACUCCAUGGCCACGGCCUUCACGAUGCACCCGUGCACCAUCGAUGGCACCUAUCUGUGCAAGGGGAAGGAGUGCGGCGACAACGCCAAGAACGAGCGCUACGAUGGCGUCUGCGACAAGGAUGGCUGCGACUUCAACUCGUACCGCGUGGGCCACCAGCAAUUCUUCGGACCGGGGGACGAUUUCACGGUGGACACCACGCAGCCGAUGACCGUGGUGACCCAGUUCGUGACAGACGACGGCACCGACGACGGCGACCUCGUGGAGAUAAGGCGCCUCUACGUGCAGGGCGGCAAGGUGAUCAAGAACUCGAACGCCGGCAUCCUCGGCUCUGACGGCGGGGACUCCAUCACCGACGCGUACUGCUCCGCACAGAAGGAUAAGUUCGGCGACCCCGACGAUUUCCGCAAGAAGGGCGCCCUGAAGCAGACGGGGGAGGCGCUGCGCCGCGGGAUGACGCUCGUCCUCUCCCUGUGGGACGACUACCAGUGCCAGAUGCUUUGGCUCGACUCGGACGCGGGCGAGGGCGGCCACUCCACGCCGGGCGUCGCGCGCGGCCCGUGCGACAAGACCACGGGCGUGCCGGCGGACGUGCGCGCCAAGUACCCGGACGCGUCGGUGACCUACUCCAACAUCAUGUACGGGGAGAUCGGGUCCACGUACACCGCCGGCGAGGGCGCAAAGCCGGACCAGGCCGUGGCGACGGGGUUCCCCAAGGCCGCGGCUGCGGGCGUCGCCGCGGUGAGCGGGGGCGCCGCGGCCCUGCCGCAGCAGCAGCAGCAGCAGCAGCAGCAGCAGCAGCAGCAGCAGCAGCAGCAGCAGCAGGCACUGCAGCAGCCGCAGCAGCCGCAGCCGUCGCUGCCGCAGCAGCCGCAGGCCGCCCAGGCGGCGGCGGCGGGCGUGGGCGCGUCCGCCGCGGGCUGCGCGGACGUGUUCCAGCAGUGCGGGGGCGACGGCUGGGCCGGCGCGUCGUGCUGCCAGGCCGGCUGCACCUGCACAGCGCAGGGGGGCCCCUCGUACAGCCAGUGCCUGCCGCCCGCGGGCGCCUACCUGUGCUCUGGCACGAUCGGCCUCGUGCAGAGGAGCUCUCUGCGCGAGGCGCCCGCGCAGCGGGCCGGCGAAGGAGGCCCCGCGGCGCGUUGGGCGGCCCCGCUGGCCGUGGCGCUGCGGGCCGCGGCGCCCGCGCUGCUGCUGGCGGCCGCGGCGGCGGCGUGGGCGCGAGCGCGCCGGGCCCGGUCUUCCGCGCAGCUGCGCAGCGAGGAAGCAACCCUGAUGGCAUCUUCCGAGUGA